GUAGCUCUUGCACUCUUGUAGGCCCUCUGGUAUAGCUUUGUCCCAGACCGAAAAACGGUGCUAGGCCCUUACACAGGCCCCACGGUGUUUAGUCGAGACCUACAGACAUUAAUAGGAGCUCUGGUGAUUAGGACCGGACAUUGUGCAGGCCCGACUCCAUACAAAUAUCCUAAAUAGAUUAAGUCCGUCAUAGUAGACGGAUAACAUAGUAUGGCACUUCAUAUUUUGGUUUGGUGGGGAAAUCUGGGGUUACUUGUAUGGACAGACUAGUCUCAUAUGUUUUACUCCUUACCCCCCUUCGGCAUUUUUUUGGUAGACAGACUCGGACUUUCACCAACGCCUGCUUUCGAGCUAAGAGGGUGAAAUAUUACUAUAAAUAUGGGGUAGAUCGCCUUCUUGUCCAGACUUUUCAUUUCCUUUUCUAUCAUCAUACAACAGUAGUAUCUACUUUAUUGUACCUCCAACAAAACUUCUGAAGCAACUCAAAAUGUCUAUUCCAACUACCCAAAAGGCCGUUAUCUUUGAAACCAACGGUGGUCCAUUGCUCUACAAGGACAUCCCAGUCCCAAAGCCAAAGCCUAACGAAUUGUUGAUCAACGUUAAGUACUCGGGUGUCUGUCACACCGACUUGCACGCCUGGAAGGGUGACUGGCCAUUGGACACCAAGUUGCCAUUGGUCGGUGGUCACGAAGGUGCUGGUGUUGUUGUAGCCUUAGGUGAAAACGUUACUGGUUGGGAAAUCGGUGACUAUGCUGGUAUUAAGUGGAUUAACGGUUCUUGUUUGCAAUGUGAGUACUGUGUCACUGCUCACGAAUCCAACUGUCCAGAUGCAGACUUGUCUGGUUACACCCACGAUGGUUCUUUCCAACAAUAUGCCACUGCUGAUGCCAUUCAAGCUGCCAGAAUUCCAAAGGGUACUGACUUGGCCUUGAUUGCCCCAAUCUUGUGUGCUGGUAUCACUGUAUACAAGGCAUUGAAGACAGCCCAACUCCAAGCUGGUCAAUGGGUUGCUGUUUCCGGUGCUGCAGGUGGUUUGGGUUCUCUUGCUAUCCAAUAUGCCAAGGCUAUGGGUUACAGAGUCGUAGGUAUCGAUGGUGGUGCCGACAAGGGUGAAUUUGCCAAGUCUUUGGGUGCUGAAGUUUUUGUUGACUUCUUGUCUUCCAAGGACGUUGUAGCUGAUGUCCUCAAGGCUACCAACGGUGGUGCUCACGGUGUCAUCAACGUGUCUGUCUCUGAGAGAGCCAUGCAACAAUCCGUUGACUACGUCAGACCAACAGGUACUGUUGUUUUGGUCGGUUUACCAGCAGGUGCUAAAGUGUCCGCCUCUGUAUUCAGCUCCGUCGUCAGAACCAUCCAAAUUAAGGGAUCUUAUGUCGGAAACAGAGCUGACUCCGCUGAAGCCAUUGAUUUCUUCACCAGAGGCUUGAUCAAGUGUCCAAUUAAGAUCGUUGGCUUGUCCGAAUUGGCCAGUGUCUACGAAUUGAUGGAACAAGGUAAGAUCUUGGGUAGAUACGUUGUUGACACCUCCAAGUAAGCAUUUUAGACAAGUGCCUAUUUAUUCAGAUUGAUUUUUUAUAUUGAAUAUGGAUGUUGAUUACGACUUGUGUUACGAAGCAUGAACAUGUGAUU